AUGGCUGUGGCGAGAGAUGAAUUGUUUAUGAUACUUGACCAUAAGGAUAUCUCUGGCCGACAGAUCCCGAUUCUCCUCUUAGCCAACAAAAUGGAUGCCAAAGAUGCAAUGACUUCAGCGGAGAUCUCAACCAGUUUGGGGCUGGACCUAAUCCGAGGCCAUAAAUGGAAUAUCCAUGCGACGUGUGCUCUUAAUGGUGCUGGCAUUCAACGUGCUUUGGAAUGGUUAUCGAAAGAAAUCAAAACUUAUUUGGAUUCUUUGAAGUGA